AUGGAGUCGUCAUUUCUAAUAAGUCGUGAACAGCCACAAGGCUCUGUAAUUCUUCGUGAAUUGAAUAUAUUGAAUAUGGAAACUAUAACGCUGUGGAUUCAUAUUGAGAACCAACCAAUUUCUGUAAAAUUUCUUGUUAAGAGGAUACCGUCGGAAAUUAAUUCUACUGUUUUAGUUGAUAUCAACCCUGAACUUUGUAAAAAAGAACCUCUUAGAGGUGUUAAUCCAGAAGUCUCGAGUUCUAUAGGAUCCUCUUGUGUGCGUUACCCAUUAUCUGACUCUGAUGUUGUUGUUCGCUGCAAUUUAUCCAUGCCCUGGUACAAAAAAAGAUUUCCGCAUAAUACUGGUCUUUGUCAAGAUAAGAAGGUAAACGAAGAGGAAGAGAUCAGUAAUGAGUUUGCGCUCAAUAAACUAGUAGCAAAAAUUAAACCUUCAGAAGACAAUGAACGUGCAAUCAGUCUUUCUAUUCGGGUUAAAGGUAAGAAAGCAUUUGGUGACUGGGAAAUAGGCGAGGUUCUCAAGAAGGUUUUGCAUCAGGACGGAUCUUCCAUAGGCGACGUUCGUAAAUUUGAAAUAGAGGACCUUCAAAACCCGGAUCCUGAAAUUACUGAAGAGGAACUCAAAUUACUUAUUGAUGAGCUUAAGAAAAAGAAAUGUGCUUUCAAAUAUGUUCCUCGUAAUGAAUCAACCUGCCGAGAGUUCAUUUCUGCUUUUAUGACUACAGCUGUAAAACAUGUCCAAUCAAUAGAAGAAAAUAUUGAGCUCAAAGCUGAAGAGUGGCUUGAUGGAUCCUAUGGCUAUGGUCCCACUGACUAUGCUGUUUAUGUUGGGAGCAUAAUUGCAUUAGUUGCAGUAGUUAAAAAAGAAGACUUCGAGAAAGGAGCUGCCCAGAACAUUGUGCAAAUGCGCAUUCUUAUGUACGGAAUUGUGACAAAUGCAUUGCAAUGGUAUUUUAUUCGAUGGGCUGGCUCUCCAGAGGAUCCAACAGUAGAAGUAUCUGAUCAACUUCAAUGUAAAUUUGAUGUUAAAAAUAUGGAACAAGGAGAUAUAAAGGGAAUUGCUGGCUAUAUUACUUCUAUUCUCCAACAACAAGUCCGUGGUUUGGAUGAUGAAUCAGCACGUCCUCGAAUUAGCAAGAGACGCCGCAUAUGA